UGUGGAUAAAAACAGUAUGUCUACUCCUGCCAGAAACUUGAAAGACUUUAUUUGUAACAACAUGGAACAUCCAGCAAGUAGCCAAAUGGUUCUUCCAUCACUCAAUCCACCGGGACAUACACCUUGUAAGCUCCCAUCAUUUGCUGAAUUGGCUGCAUCCACUUGUAUGCCUACACGAGUAGGAUUUCCACCGCUUGGUCUUUUCCCUCGUCCAACCCUCAUUAGUCCUAAACCUGGGCUAUUCACUCAUCGUCAACCUGAUUUGGUUUCUCGCUCUAAGCCCGGUUUGAUUCCUAACUCUGGAAUUCUAUCCACUUCCCAAUCAGAAUUCAGUGCAUCUUCUCAAAAUGAACUACCUGUUCAAAAAGUAUUAAAACCUGAAGCAUGUACCGAGCCUUUCCGAGUUCAUCGGCCUCAAGCACUUCGCCCAAUUGAACCAUUCCGAAUUCAUCGGCCUCAAGCACUUCGCCCGAUUGAAUCUUUUCAAAUUCGUCGACCUCAAGCUCUUCGCCCGGUCAAUCUUAAACCAACUCUUCGCGGCUCUCCACAACCGGUGGUACACAGUGGUAAUGAGCCAGUUACUGAGCCAAAUCCCGCCGCUCAUUCUGAGCAUAAUCCUGCUGCCGUAUCCACCGAGGUACCUAUCAGAGUACCUGUGCGAGAGAAGAGCCGCAGGGGUAGAAAACCCAAAGCAAAAUCCAAUCCUGAAGGCGUGGCAAAGGCACCAAAAUCAGCAAUAAAAAAGAAGAUAAUCAAGGCUACUGAAUCUGGAGAGUCAUGCAAUACUCCCACGAUCAGGAAGUCAAAACGCCUAGCGGAAAAGCAAGCUUUUCGUAAGGCCGUUGCCGAAGAGGAAGAGAGACAAGCGGCUGCGAUGUCCAUUCGACUGGUGCAAGAACGCAUUGCUAUGGAAGCGAAUCUUGAGAUUGCUCAAAAAUUCCGAGCCGAUUUCACUGAACAAGCGGGCCAUGUAGAAGAAAUAAGACCCAUCCAAACAGACCAACCUUCUGCCCAAUUUAAAUUGUUGCAACAGGAUGCGUCCUUUCAAAAGGCAGAAUCAUCACAUCAAAUUUCACGUGAUGCUAAUGAUGGGAAUGCGCCCCAUAAGGAUGGUCAGCCCGCUUUUAAGUAUUUGACUAGUGGUAGGAAGAAAAGAGCCGCUGAUACCUCUGUCUCUCACAAGGAUUACGAUUUGAAUGAAAUUGAAGAGGAGGCGCCAAGGAAGAAGCGUGAGAAGACCGAUGUUGGACGCCCGAACGUAAAGAGAGUCAAAGGAAAGGGCAAGCCCUCGCAUACUCGUCGUGGUAACCCGCCCAAGUAA